UGAAGUGCUAGGAAACAUUACUUGUCUCAUAUGAAGCAAAGUGCCAGUACUAGUGCCACACUACCUUUUGGUGAACUGGCGAGCACUAGCGGCCUAGUACAUCCUGGUUUUUUUCAUACCAGCACUGCAGUAUCACUUUGUGACAUGGCGAGUCCCAUAAGUGCAGUACAAGCUGGUGCAGUUGCUAGCACAAGUAGAAUCCCACAGCCACCAAGAAUUCGCACACAGGCCCGUGGAGCCCAUAGUGUCCUUUUGAACGUGCUUGCAGAUCCCUGAUUGGCAGCCCACAGAUUCUGCAGCACCCAUACUUCCCCCAUUCACUGCCCAACCCAGA